AUGAAAAGAAAUCCAUUGAUUUUGAUUUACAAUGAAAAGAAGUUAUUCUUUCUCCAAGUUUGGAUUCACCAGCUUAUAACAUCAUCUAUGGCUCGCCCUCUUGAAACUGUAAAGGACAUCAAUGAGUCAAAAGAUUCAUGGAAGAUUGCUACAACGAAAGUGAAGGAUACCGGUUCUGCGGUUAAAAAUGUGUUAUCGGUUAUUGAAUCUUUGAAGAAGCAAGUAGCUAUGAAACAUAUUGUUUCACUCAAGGUUAUUAGGACUUAUGCUUUGAACAAAACAUGGUGGAUAAGUUUUCUGAUGGAUAUUAUUAGGGACAUUGUUGAUGUUAAGGGCAAUAUCUCUGCCUACAAAGACAGAUUGAGAGAUGAGGUAAGCAAUAUGUGUCUUCAACCAGUGAAGGUAAACCUGCAAGCAAUAUGA